CAACUCCCUUCUUCUCUAAUCUCUCUCUGCUCUCUUCUUCUUCGUCUUCUUCUUCUUUCUCCUCGCAAUUGUCGCCUUCAAACACUAAAUGCCGCUGUCUUGAAGAUUUUAGCUCCUUCCCCAAACGUAAACUCUUCCUUAUAUCUUUACUUUCUUUAUUCCUAUCUACACGCUUCGCCUUGAUUCUUCAGCUCUCUCAGGUUGUCUGUCACAAGUGGAACUCCACGGAGAGUAAAAAUGUUUCUCCGGAGAAAGACACCCCAUCGUCCAGGGGAUGAUUCUGAGCAACGAGAUGCCAAGGUCAGUGAACUCAGAGCUGCUCUGGGACCUCUAUCAGGUCGAAGUUUAAAAUACUGCACUGACGCAUGCUUGAGGAGAUAUUUGGAAGCUCGGAACUGGAAUGUUGACAAGGCAAAAAAGAUGUUGGAGGAGAGUCUUAAAUGGAGAUCAAUUUAUAAGCCUGAAGAAAUCCGCUGGCAUGAAGUAGCACACGAAGGUGAGACUGGAAAGGUUUCUAGAGCAAAUUUUCAUGAUCGAUCGGGGAGGACUGUGCUUAUAAUGAGGCCAGGAAUGCAGAACACAACAUCAGCAGAGGACAAUAUCCGCCAUCUGGUUUAUCUUUUAGAAAAUGCAAUUCUUAACCUUGCUGAGGGUCAAGAACAAAUGUCAUGGUUGAUAGACUUCACUGGAUGGUCAUUGAAUACCAACAUCCCAAUUAGAACAGCUCGGGAUAUCAUCCACAUUUUGCAGAACCACUAUCCUGAAAGACUGGCCAUUGCAUUUUUAUAUAAUCCACCGAGGCUUUUCGAAACAUUUUAUAAGGCUGUCAAGUACUUUUUGGAUCCCAAAACAGCACAGAAGGUGAAGUUUGUAUACCCUAAAAAUAAAGCUAGUGUAGACCUAACGACUUCGUUCUUUGAUGUUGAAAAUCUGCCAAGCGAGUUUGGAGGAAAAGCCACUCUGAAGUAUGACCAUGAAGAUUUUUCUCGGUUGAUGGCCGAGGAUGAUGUCAAGACAGCCAAGUUUUGGGGUCUGGAUGAGAAAUCCUAUCAUUUCAAUAAUGUUCAUUCGGGUGCAGGCGUUGCGCCAGAGCCAGCCCCUCUUGCACCGCCGGCUAGCUGAGCAGCCCUGCCUCAAUCUCUGUACAAUUCAGGAUGGACUGAAUCAACUAAUUUAUUUGUAAGUCUAGUGUUGGAUUUUCACUGUAAUUGACUCCAGUCCCAUUGAGGGAGAAUAAGCAUUCAUUUGCUCUGCUGCUUACUGCUAACAACAGGAAAAAGAUAUGUUCUGUACAUUGACGCCCUUUGUUCUCUAUCUAUAAAUUUCUCUACCUUAUCCUUGGAGGAGAAGAGAGUUACUUCGCUUCA